AUGCCAGUGGAAGGGUUUAAAGUCGACGUUGAAAAGGCCGUUGGUCAUCAAUUUCCCAGCGAAAAGGUGGUUUGUAACAGACGUGAUUAUCUCUUGUAUGCUCUUGAUAAGGACUUCUCUCCCCUUCCUACGUAUCCUCUUGUUCUUCAAUUGAAAGGAAACGAUUACGAUGUCAAUGUUUUCAAGGAACGUGCACAAGGAAAAGGUUCUCUUCCAGGCAUGCCUCCUUAUGACCCAAAUAAAAUUGUGCAUGGCGAACAAUCUCUGAGAGUUCAUAAGCCAUUCCCUGUCAAUGGUGGUACUUUCACCGCCAGGAAAACCUGUACCGGUAUUUACGACAAAGGUUCUGGUAUGGUCAUUGAGAUGACUAUUGAUCUCUAUGAUGAGCAAGACAAGGUUCAGUAUUGUAGUAUGGUCUCAAAAUCCUUUGUCCGUGGUUAUGGUGGCUGGAGCGGCCCCAAAGGACCCAAGGCCACAGCUUACCCGCCUCCCAAGCGUCAUCCUGAUGCUAUUGAAGUAUUUGCCACCACGCCCUCUCAAGCUCUUAUCUAUCGUCUAUCAGGGGAUUACAAUCCUCUUCAUGCUGAUACUGCCCUAGCUCCCAAGAUUGGUUUUCCCAAACCCAUUCUCCAUGGGCUUUGUACUUAUGGUGCUUGUGGUCAUGCUAUUGUCAAGAAGCUGGCCAAUAAUGAACCCGCUCGUUUCAAAUCCAUCGAGGGGCGCUUUGCCUCUCCAGUUUUUCCUGGUGAGACUGUCGAAAUUUACAUGUGGAAAGUAGAUGAUCCGGAUGCCAAGGUCCAAGGUGUCAUUUUUGUUGCCAAAGUGAAAGAAAGGGACGUGGUAGUCGUUAACAAUGGUUAUGCCACUCUCCAUAAGAACAUCCCUGAAUCCAAGCUUUGA